GCUCAAAUAGAGCAAGAGAGAUAAGUGAAGGCUGACUGAGCUGGCUCUAACCUCGAAAGUCGAAAUGGUAGAUAACGAGCAAGAUAAUUCCGAUCGCGGAGACGGUGAUAAUGUUAAAUCCGAUAAACUAUUCACGUUAAAAAAGUGGAAUGCUGUAGCCAUGUGGAGCUGGGAUGUCGAGUGCGAUACUUGUGCCAUUUGUCGAGUUCAAGUUAUGGAUGCAUGUCUGCGUUGUCAAGCUGAAAGCAAGAAGGACUUUUAUGGAAGACAGGAUUGUGUGGUAGUUUGGGGCGAAUGUAACCAUUCCUUCCACUACUGUUGCAUGUCACUUUGGGUCAAGCAGAACAACCGUUGUCCGCUUUGUCAGCAAGAAUGGUCAAUUCAACGCAUGGGCAAGUAGGUUGUCUGAUACGAGGUCUUAGAUACAUCAUAAUCGUCAUACCCAACAUCGAGAUCAGUGAUUUCCUUGCUUUAAGAUAACAAGUAUCCUUGUCGAUACAGUGCCAAGUUAUUGUACAUUCAAAUUCACUGAAAUGUCGCUCCUAUAAUUUUAAUCGACUAUUAUAUGUAUAAUAUUUUUUCUCAUCGUACCUCUAAAUCAUAAAAGUUAACCAAAUCAAUCAUCAAAUUGCUGUUCCAAAUUCAUUUUAUUUACAGCUGCCUUCAAACCUUAAGUAUUUCUAAUUGAACUGGUGAUUUGAGUUAUAUUUAAGUACUGAUCACAGAAAGUAAUGCAAAAAACUUUAAUUUCACAACAGAUGGGAGAAUUAUUAACUUUUAAUCUUAGCGGUGCGAUAUGAUGAAUGAUCAUAUUUUUAUAUUAUGAAUCGAAUUUUUUUAAUUACUCUGCAGUGACUUGCGGUUACUGACUAUAAUAGUUUUUAACUUACAACCUUCAUUUAUUGUAGUUACUGGUAUUUUUGGUUAAUUAUUCUUGAUUUUUAUUAUUUAUUGUUAAAUCUAAAAUAAUUUAAACUCAGUCACUCAUGCUGUAAAAAUUGGGACUGACUCAUAAUCAACAUAUUUUUAUCUCAUUCGUUUUUAUAUAUUCUUUUAAUUGGAGUAAUUGAUACUAUUUUAAUUUACCUGUCAGCUUCUAUGGGUUUUAUAAAUCUUAUUGCAAAAAAACUGUAUCCGUUUUGAAAUGUUAUUCAGUACAAGCCAAAAACAGUGAUAUGAAGUAGGGUGGAACAUAUGUUCCUGAGAAAGACUA